AAGCUUUCUGACGAGCAGGUUGUAUUUCGUUUCUCUAUACAAGAAUUUAUUAUAGACGUGAACGCUAUUAAGGUGACGUUGUAGGAUGGAUUCAGUAUCGAUGAUUGUCCUGUAUUCGGUCCCUGUUAUUGCGGCCAUGAUGAGUUCGGCACACGGCGCGACACUUACCUUCGAGUUGGCAGAUCGAGAGGAAAUGUGCUUCUCAGAAAACAUCACCAAACCCAUCAAACAUAACGUGGAGUACAAGGUCGUUCGGGGCGGUAACCUUGACGUCGACAUGAAGGUGUUAUCGCCCAAUGGCAAAAUGAUGUACAUGGGGCAGAAGAAAAAAUGGGACAAAUUCCGCAUAGAGACGUCACGUGGACAGUUCAACUUCUGCUUUAGCAACGAGUUCUCCACCAUUUCACACAAGGUCAUCUACUUCCACCUGUCUCCGGACUAUCCCGAGACCCUGUCGGCAAAGAUCGGCGUAAAACACCAAGCCGUGCCGACGCUUACCGAAGUGCUGUGUGAAAACAUCAACAGGAAAAUAGAGAGCGUCGUAAAUCUACAAAGGGAUUACCGUCUAAAAGAGGCCAUUGGAAGAGGGAACGCGGAGCAGUUGGGCGUCGGUGUGCUGUGGUGGUCUAUAUUCCAGACUGGGAUCAUACUUGUCACUGGGAUGGGGCAAGUGGUCAUCCUGAAAACAUUCUUCACGGACAGAACACCCACAAGGAAACCCUGACGUUAUUUAGAAUACUACUGAAUAAGUAUUGUAAAUCUUACAUAUGAAAGGUUUUUAAUCUUUAGUUUGGCAAUUGAUCACGUACCGUCUACCUAAAGAUAUUUAUGUAUCUAAACUUAUGUGAAACUUUAGGAUUCUUUAUUCAUUGGAUUUCAUAGUUGCAAUGUAUAGCAUUCUUUCAGCAGAAUGCCUUUUAUUUGCUAUCAAUGUAACUCUUGAAUAGAAUGUUUUAAAGCUUUGAACUUGUCUAUCUUAGGUUCCACAGAAAACACAGCAAAUCCAAGCUCAUAAGCUAGUUUAUUGCAAAGCAGAGGCGAAACAACUUCUAUAUGACAUUACUGUAUCCAAAUAUAAUCCACGGUGUGUUCUGAAAUUUGAUUAACAAUUACAUCACAAAAACACAAGAACAAAAUAGACAUUUCUUAAUUUUGUGAAGAAUGUGCUUAGGCCUCGAAAAGAAGUUGUGUUUCCGAUUAAGGGUAGGCAGGAACGAAUUCUCUCUUUCCUUUGUAGAUCUCGGCCAUCUACAUAAACUAGGUGCCCAUAUAAACCUUGGAAUGAUAGAUCUGUUUGUAUCACUUUUCAAUUACGGGAAACAGACAUGAGAGCUUGUUAGAAAACUCUACAAUGUUUUCAUAACUCACGUGUCAGACUUCUUUUGCCCGCAAACUACCCCCCAAAAGAGCUAGGCUUGAAACAUUUUGUUAGAGUUGGUUGAGUAACUGGAAACACAACAAUUCUUUUCACCUAUGCCUCAAUAAUUCAGGGCUAUCAACAUACAUAAUGAUUAUUGUAAAUAGUGUGAACGCUAACACACUGAAGAAGUAGAUGUUCGUCAUUAUGAGUCACUAAUAAUGACUUGCAAAAUAUGAUUAUAAGAUUGAUGUGUA